AUGGUAUACUAUCAGAGAUAUCAGCAGAGGAAAAAGGGUGAAGUGGGUACAGAAGAAGAUGAAGAGCGUCAGGCCUUUAUAACGGAGUGUGCAAAUUCUGGUUACUACAAAAGAACAAGGCCCAAGCUUCUCUCUUUCCUCUUACUCUCUCUUCUCUCUUGCAGCUUCAUAUUAGCCCCUCAUCUUUUUUACUCUGAAGCCACUUUCUCAUUAUAUUCUCCAGAAGUCGAAAAUGAAGGCCUUGCUGCUGAUAUGGUUGCAAAUGCUCCCUUGGGUUCUUCAAUCUCUAACGGAACUAUAUCUUGUGACAGAAGCAGUUUCCGGUCAGAUAUUUGUAUCAUGAAAGGGGAUGUAAGAACACAAUCUCCUUCCUCUUCUAUCUUUGUCUACAGGUCCAGAGACAAAAGUAGCUUCGCAAAUUAUCUUUGGGGCCUCCUUCAGGAACAUGAAAACCGGGAAGAACUUCAACAGGAAAAGAUCAAACCAUAUACUCGGAAAUGGGAAACAAGCACCAUGGACACCGUCACAGAACUAGACCUCAUUGCAAAGAAAGAAAGUCCAGGCAUGGAACAUCAGUGUGAUGUCCAGCAUGAUGUUCCAGCAGUGUUUUUCUCAACUGGAGGAUAUACUGGUAAUGUUUAUCAUGAAUUCAACGAUGGCAUUUUACCAUUGUACAUUACUUCCCAGCAUUUGAGCAAGAAGGUUGUGUUUGUGAUUCUUGACUUUCAUAAAUGGUGGCUCAUGAAAUAUGGAGACAUUAUUUCACAUCUGUCGGAUUAUCCAGUAAUAGAUUUUAGUGCAGAUAAGAGAACUCAUUGCUUCCCUGAAGCCAUUGUUGGUAUGAGAAUUCAUAAUGAGCUCACUGUGGAUUCUUCAUUGAUGGACGGAGACAAGAGCAUAUUAGACUUUCGCAAUCUUCUAGACCGUGCUUACAGGCCUCGAGUUAGAAGUCUGAUUCGCAAACAAGAGGCAAAUCAGAAGCUUUCUGUUUCGGUGUCUCCCACGUCGAAAAGCUCCUUACGAAUCAAGAGAAAAGUGCAUGAACAUUCACUGAAGAGGCCUAAACUGGUUAUCAUAUCUAGGAACGGAUCAAGGGCAAUAACCAAUGAGAAUUUGCUGGCUAAAAUGGCAGAGAAAAUUGGGUUUCGAGUUCAAGUUUUGAGACCUGAAUCUUCGACAGAGUUGGCAAAGAUUUAUUGGGCUCUUAAUUCUAGUGAUGUCAUGAUUGGAGUUCAUGGUGCUGCCAUGGCACAUUUUCUGUUCAUGAGGCCUGGCUCUGUGUUUGUCCAAGUCAUCCCUCUUGGAACUGCAUGGGCAGCGGAGGCAUAUUAUGGGGAACCUGCAAGAAAGCUUGGCUUAGAAUACAUUGGUUACCAAAUUCUUGCCACAGAGAGCUCAUUGUAUGGCAAAUAUGGUAAAGAUGAUCCUGUUGUGACAAACCCAAGAAGUGUUACUAAAAAAGGAUGGGAAUACACAAAGAAGAUUUAUCUUGAAGAUCAAACUGUGAGACUACACCUCAGAAGAUUUAGGAAGCAGUUGGUUGGUGCUUAUAAUUACACCAUUGAUAGGAUAUGA